AUGGUGCCAAUAUUCGCAAUCGCUGAAAGAUGCUCAAAUCCAAAGAUAGCUAUCUUUACUUACCCAGAAAUUGAAAAAAUAUCUACGUGUGUUCAUAAAAAACAUGGCCAGAGGAACUUCUGUCUUUCUUGUAUAUUUGUAGGCAGUGAUUACUUAGUAAUUUUGAAUUCUUAUCCUUCAUUUCAAUUAAUAGUUUGGCUUUGGAGGACUGGAGAGAAUUUAAGAAUCAUCGACACAGAUAUUAGCGAUAUUAAUCAACAAAUUUCUCUUGUAUCUGAAAUAAAUGCAUACAGAUGUUCGAUGACGUUGCCAAUAUUUUUGACUCAACGAGGAGAAAGCGGAAGAAUAAAAGUGUAUGAAGUCAAUGUAUGCUCGAAGAUAAUAUUACUCACAUCAUCAGCGAUUAAUACAAAUUUUAAUGCUUCUGAGAAAAUUGCUGCGUCUUCUUGGACUUUUGAUGGAAAUUUGCUGAUUGCUGAUGAUUUAGGCAACGUGUAUUUGAUUUUUAGCGACGGAAAACGACGAUAUAAAGUUGUUGAAUCCGUAUUGGAGGUACCGAUGCUUUCUGAACCGUUAAUUGUUGAUUUUCGGUGUGGAGUUGCGGUUGUUAAUUCACGGUUAAAAAUAAAGUUUUACAGAAAAUCAUCAGAACACAGCAAGCAUUUCACCCUAUGGAAGCCAAUAUGGGAGCUAGAAACGCAAUCACAACCACUAUUCAUGACUCGCAAUCCACAUCGCGACAGUCUUUUAUUCCAUACUGAAGCGGGGGAAAUAGUGGAAGUAAGUGUCGGGGAUGAUGAUGUCCCACGAAUGCAAAUGGUCUGCCAUCAAGGCUCCACCUAUUCAUUUUUAAUGCCCAUCAAUCCUAAUGGAAGGCAUUGUGCUGCUCUCGACGAUUUUAAUCGUCUCGUUAUUAUUGAAAGUGAUUCUGGAAAUUUAACGUCCUCAAUUUCUUUAGAAUCUUAUGGAAAAGUUCUCAACGCGAUCGCUCAUCCUUUUGUACCAUUAAUCAUCACAACAACAGCCAAUGGGUUCUGUAAUAUCACCAGCAUUAUCGAUGUACUCGCGCCAAUUACCAUAAAAUCGUUGUUUUUAACAAGAGCACCACUUUUAGAUAAAAUCAAAUUAUCAUUCGACGCCCGAGUACUUGCCGUCGCUAAUAAAAGUAAUGGGCAGUUAUUUUUUAUUAAUCAUUUCGACACAUUUAAAAUAAAUGUUUGGACGACUCUGAAAAUUCAAUACCAGAUUGCCGAUUUUUUGAUCCACGAAAAUGAUGACAAUCGCCUGAAAUUGCUGAUAUUAACAAAAGGCCAUGCUGAAAUUAAUAUCGGCAAAAGUGUCGUUAUCUACGUGAUAGAGAAGAAAUCAAUGUUUGAAACUUUGGGAAUCGUUGAGAGAGUAAUAGAACUGCCCUUUGCAUUCAAAAAUCUAAAUUACGGAUCGGAUAUUAACGAAAUUAUCGCGAGUCCAUAUUUGAGCAAGCACUUGUUGAGAGACGUUAAUAUCAACUCGGAUUCAUCAAUUACUUUGACGUACGGAGCUGAUGGGAUUUUAGUAAUGCGUAAUAGAGCGAAUAUUUAUCAAUUGACGGGUAUGUUUGCUUCGCACCAUCGACAUGAUGGAGGCGUAAAAUUUGCAAUUGUCGAUCUUGACAUUGAAUCGGAGUUACCUUGGCUCGAAUGGAUACAAAUACAGAAAUUAAAUGCUGAGAAAGAUUCCUCGAUUGCCAAACGCACUGAAUUAUUAUCCGAUGUCAAUAAACUUAAAAUAAAACUGAAAAACCUCCUGGAUGAAAAUGAAAAAGAAACUGAAGAUAAAAAAUUAUCCACCGAAACUUUCGAUUUAAAUACUCAAGCGCGCCUCAAACAAAUUACGCGGAACAAAUUAGAUCAAGAGGAAUUAGAGAAAACUAUUGGAGAGAAAAUUUCUGCGCAAGUUAAAAUGAUGGAAUAUUUACGUAAAAUGUGCUGGGAUUCAAUGCUCGUUCCAGCUUGCUCUUUAAUUUCUUUAGAUGGAAAAAUUCGAGUGGAUAAUUACGCGCUUCCCGCGGUUUCUUCCGACGAGUUGCAGCAGAGAAGUUGGGACAAAUUUUCCGUCGACUUAGCAACUCGUAUGACAAGUAUUGACGCAGAAUUAUAUCAAUCAACUGCUGUCAAGAAUGAAGAAAGACCUGCUGUUAACAAAGAAGAAUUAUUUUCCAUGAGUGGAACCACGUUUCAUCGAUGGAUAAAUUUGUUUCCUGGAGUUAAUCAAAUUCAUCGCAAUGGAAGUUAUACUGAGGGAACUAGACUGAGAAUUUUAAUCAAGAUUCGCGAAGAGAAGUUGAAGCUCUUUUUCAAUGAUUUAUUUACUAGAAUGCAGCAGCUCAAGUCCCAAGAAAUAAAAACAACAAAGGAUCGCAUUGCUAGAAUGGAGCAUUGCUCAUCUGAGUUGAAAACGAUGUUCAACGUAGAAUUUUCAACUGAUUACACGUGGUUACACCUUGAAUUAAGCGACUCCGAGAAACCUCAUACAAUUGUCAAGGUUAACGAUAAGGAAGUUUAUAAGUUAAUAUCUUAUUCAAUAAACGUACCUCAUGAAAAUCAGGAUAAUUUACGGUCGGCUGAAGAUCAGGUCUCUUUGUUUCGGGAAAAAGCUUUGAUGGAAAUGAUGGGUGGAGUUCUUGAAGUUAGAUGGGAAGAUGAUAUAAAAAAAGAUAUUAUCAAGCCAAAAUGUUUAUCAAAAAAUCCAAGUGAUUAUUCAGAGGAAGAUUUACUUAUAAUAAAAAAAUACGAAGAAGAUGUCAAAAUUUUAAACAACGAAAGAUUGAAGUACAAAAAAAUUCUACAAGACGAAAUUGUUUCUCUUCAAGAUUUACUGAAAAAAGGAGUGAAAUCUUUUGACGAAAAGCUAGAAAAUUUAUUCCUCGAGCGCAUAAAAAUCGAAUCAGCGGUGCUUCAAGAAAAUCUGAUGAAACAGCGGGAAUUACGGAGGCACCAAUUGCGUUUACAGGGCAUAAAAGAGUUAAAUGACCUAGAAAACGAGUCUCUAGCAGCGUCCAAAGAAUUUAAAAGUCAGACCGAGGAGUUUUUGCAGCUGGAGUUGGUCUUGAAUGAAACAAAGCUGCGCUACGAAAAUUUGAGCAAGCGUGAAAAAUUGCUGGAGUCGAAAUUCCGAGGGGAAUUUCCGGACUUAAAACAGCCUAUGGUUGAGCAUUUGUUGAGGCACUACAAAAAGCGGCCAAGAAAUGGACAAUUUCUCUGUACUUCUAUUACGUAUUUGUCGGAAUUGUCCCGGUGCAUUUUGACUGGAGACAAAUCGGAUAUUCUACCGCGCGACUGCUUGGAUUUCUUGAAAGGCGUCAACACUCUUGACAUCAUGCCGACCAGUUUGCCCAGUCAAAUAGACAGCAAUCAUUGGUUUCUGCUAUGCAAAUUAAGGAGAAAUAAAAUUGAGAUCGAAAUUAGGCUAAAAAGUUGCGCAGUAGAGCUGGCAGAAGCGGAACAAACGUUGAAUGCCCACCAGAAAGCAAUAGCGGGCUCGCAAAAUCGGAUGGCGCAAUUGAGAGACAUGAUGGAGAGUGGAAAGAAAAAAAACGAGGAUGUUAUGAGGGAUAUGGAGGUGCAAUUGGUCCUGCAAAUGGGCCAGAUAGAAACCAAUUUGUGUGGCCAUCCGAGAGAAUUUAAAAACUCGGUGCUCGUUUCUUUUGACGAGGUGCUUAAAGUUAAUACGGCAAUCGUUGAGGCCGGGCGUAACAAACUUGGAGCCAUGAACCAGACCAUUGUUUUUCGCAAAACUAUUAAUUGGAAGGAGUGGUGUCAUAGCUGCCUCAAGAUGACGCUACAAGAUAUGAAGGAAGAGUUAAGAGUUCUUCAAGAUGUUAAGGUCACGAAAGAAAUACAAAAGUAUCUGAUGCGUCAUUUACAUAUUCCUGGGUCAGAGAAGGACGUCGAUAUCUGGGAGAGAAGCGUCAUGUCUACCAAGAAGCAUUUCACCAGAAUACUAGAGGGGAAAAAAACAAAGCUGAUCGAAAUUAAGAGCCAGCUCGAUAACUGGCAGAAGCUCAACACCUCCGUAAACAAUAAGAUCCAGGAGAUAAAGCUAGCUACCUGCAAAUUAACGAUCCACUGCAACGAAGACGCUAGAGUUAAAGAUUUUAAGCACCAGAGGGUUAAAUUGAAGGCUAUCAUGAAAAAAAAUCGGCUGAUUACUAGAGUGCAGAAUAAUUAUGACGAUUUAUUGACGCUAAGAUCACAGCUCGAGAUUCUUAGAUUGAAAACCUAUCCCACUCUGAGAUUGAGGAAAAAAUGA